AUGGCUUCACCAAACAUUUCAGGCGUCGCUGAUCCUUCUCCUCAUCGUCUUGGAGGUAUCAACUAUAGUUACAAUACCGCCUCACACCACAGUCGAACUGUCUUUGGCGAGCAGUUCCGCAACAAGCCUGCUACUCGCGCAGGUGCUCCCGAACCUCCGAAGCGAGUCGUCGUCGAAGACGGUUCCGACGACAAGAGCCAGGUAUUCUCGCUUCUUGGCCUUACCGGUGGUGCCCAAGCGCCCCUCGACGUUAUCCAACGUAUCGUUGAGAAGGUGUUGGAGCUUGACGCCCUCGAGGAGCUGGUUAAGCUUCAGGCCUCGGCACCUGUGACUUCCGGUGCUGACAUGACAUCCAAACACGAGACUCGGAUGUAUCCGCAUAUUACCUCGAUCAUGAAUGUCGUCGCCCAAGCACCAGUUGCGGGAUCGCGCGGGCGCAAGUUCUUUUGUAACGGAGAGAAGCCCGUCAUCUUCGAUCUGGAUGAAACGCCGGCUCGAGGUCUGAAACCUGACAUGCGCUGUGCGAUUGAUGACUCUGAUAAGCCCAUCUGGCGACUGCUCGACGCUUGGGGCGAGGUGAAGGCCUCUUCCUCAGAAUACCCCUACAGGGAGGUCACUGAAGACGGCAGGAAAUCUCACGUUCUCACGGAUUUCGGUACUCAAGCGACUCAUUACGCGACCAUGCAUCUUUCUGGGACGCCUUUCCGGUUGUUUUCAUUUGGACUUCUGAUAUUUGGGCGCAAGUUCUGUGUUGUCCGUUUCGAUCGCGACGGCGUCAUCUUCUCGCCCAUUCGCGACAUGAAGGACGACUUGAAGACGUUCGUGCGCGUCUAUUAUGCAUUCGUGCACGCAGCGUCGCCGCUGGCACUCGGAUUGGAGCCCGGUGUUGAGUCCAUCGAACUCCCCGACAUCCGUGGCAAUCUUCCGCCGUCGAAGGACGGAUUUGACCGGCAUUAUCGUAUACCCCCUAUUCAAGGGGACGACGAAAAACGUUGGUGGAUCUCUGUCGGUCGGCCACUCUGGGUGUCGAAGUCCAUCUUAGGUCGCUGCACUUCUGUCUGGAUCGUAUAUCCUGCCAAAGAAGAUAAGGGCAAGCUUCGUGUAGACCCGACGCGAGCAUAUGUUCUCAAGAAUGCCUGGAGGAACAGUGCCCGCGAGCCCGAGUCUUCCAUCUACACUUGGUUCAUGGCCAACGGGACGAUCGCUGGCGUGUCCAGUCUACUCGUCGGGAGUGACGUCACCGGUUCGGACAAAGCGGUCGUUACUGCGCGCCACCUGCGUGGGGAAACAGACGAUGUCUUCACGACGACGACGACGACGACGGCCACCCUCCACCGCCUGAUUCUGAACGAAGUUGGUGUACCGCUGUGGAAGUUCAAAACCCAUCUCGAGCUCCUACGUGGGUUCAAGGCGGCGCUGGACGGCCAUGCCGCACUCUUCGCGAAGGGUAUGAUCCAUCGCGAUAUUAGCGCGGGUAACAUCCUUCUCUCUGAAGACCCUAACGUCCACGGUUUCCUGUCCGACGUCGAAUUCGCCUGGGUCUCACAGAUUGCCAAAGCGGAGCCUGCCAACGCGCACGACAGUGUUCCCGAGAACCAGAAUGAAUACGUGCAGCAGUACCGAGCAUACAACUCUAGGAACCCCGGCGUCGUACCCGCAAACAUCGAACGACCCGAGCGCCACAUUUUUGUUGACGCCAAGCGCGGUGCUGAGAUGACGGGCACCCAACUAUUCAUGGCGGUUGACAUCCUCCAAGCGAUAACUCUGAAUGCCCAGCUCAGACACGGUGUUUAUCAUGACAUCGAGUCGUUCACGUACGUCCUAGGAUACACCGUCAUCAGGCACUACGAAAGCGACCCCAAGACCGACGCCGUGGCACGUAAAUAUCUGCAGAAGAUAUACCGUGAGGCGUUCGGCCACGUCUCCGUCGAGGCAAUAGAGCGAAGCAGGAGGGCCAUCGAUACGGCAGAGCAUCCUUUGGGCUGGCUAUCGCACCCCUUCAAGGUGGUCGCCGGGAAAAUAGACGAGGGCAUUCCCAAGGCGCCUUAUGUACUCUUCCGGGAAUGGUGCGAGAAGACGUUCGCGCCCCCGUUCUUAACGCUCUUCGCGGACCUCAGGGACAUGCACAUCGACGCGAGCGCUGCCCGUCAGAAAUCGAAGUCCGACGGCGAGCUUCGCGGGAAACUCGAGGAGAUCUUCAGCUACGAAAGGCUCGGCGGGCUGCUGGAGAAGGCGAUUCAGGGUUUGGAGGAGGCGGCCGAGUGA